UGUUUACGACUGUUAGGAAAAAAUUUUCCAUCGUAGCCUAACAUCUCUCUCUAUAUCCAUCUAAAAAAGUUUUCGGCUCUAUUUAUAAACGAAUACCAGAGGCCAGAACGGCUGUAGAGGCCUGGAGGAGCUAUGGAAAACGGAUCAAAGAAAUGGGGUUUUCAGGCCGAUAAGGACCUCAACGCAGCCUCUGCUAUAACAGUUCGUGGAGUUCUCAACGAGUUAAUCGAGAGUCUCAACAAACAAGACCAAAGACCAGUUAUUCCUCUCGGUCACGGCGACCCUUCUGCCUUCCCUUGCUUCCGUACCACUUCUGUUGCCGAAGAUGCCAUUGUCGACGCCUUAAAGUCCGCCAAAUUCAACUGCUAUGCACCGACUGUUGGUAUUCUUACUGCCAGGAGGGCUAUUGCAGAUCACCUUAAUCGUGACCUCCCAUUCAAGUUAUCACCAGAUGAUGUUUUUGUUACACUUGGAUGCACGCAAGCUAUUGAAGUCACAUUAACUGUUCUUGGUCGACCUGGUGCUAACAUUUUGCUUCCAAGACCAGGUUUCCCAUACUAUGAAGCAGUUGCUUCACGAUCUAAUCUUGAGGUUCGCCAUUUUGAUCUUUUGCCAGAAAAAGGCUGGGAGGUUGAUCUUGAAGCUGUUGAGGCUCUGGCAGAUGAGAAUUCUGUUGCCAUGGUUAUAAUAAACCCUGGCAAUCCUUGUGGAAAUGUCUACAGCUACGGACAUUUAAAGAAAAUUGCAGAGACAGCUAGAAAGAUUGGAAUAAUGGUGAUUGCUGAUGAAGUAUAUGCGCAUCUCACAUUUGGGAGUACGCCAUAUGUGCGAAUGGGAACUUUUGGGCCCAUUGUGCCUGUGCUUUCACUGGGAUCUAUAUCAAAGAGAUGGAUUGUUCCUGGAUGGAGAAUUGGUUGGCUUGUUACUUCUGAUCCCAAUGGAAUCCUUAAAAAUUCUGGGGUUGUUGAUUCAAUAGUUAGCUGUCUCAACCUAACCCCUGACCCUGCAACCUUCAUUCAGGGUGCACUCUCUGAAAUCCUCGAGAACACGAAGAAGGAUUUCUUUUUGAAAACUACUAGCUUACUGAGGGAGGCCGUAGACACAUGCUAUGACAUGAUUCAGGGAAACCCUUACAUCACUUGCCCAAUGAAGCCAGAAGGUUCUAUGUUUAUUAUGGCAAAACUGAAUUUGUCACUAUUGGAAGGCAUCAAGGAUGAUAUGGACUUCUGUCUCAAGCUGGCUAAAGAGGAAUCCGUCAUAGUUCUACCUGGGAUUGCUGUAGGAUUGAAGAACUGGCUUCGCAUAAGUUUUGCCAUUGAACCUUCAGCCCUUGAAGUUGGCCUUGGAAGGAUGAAGUCUUUCUGUGAAAGGCAUGCCAAGAAGCAGUAAGGAUUAAUAUCAGGACAUUGAGCUGGAGGGAUCAACAGUAUCUCGUUGAUCCUGAGACUCAAUAGUCUGGUUUUCUUAGGAUGUUAAAGUCCCUAGUUAGUCAAGGAAUAAAGAUAUAUCCCUUCUUAGUGAUCAAAACAUUAGAGGUGGUGCUUGGAGAUCAACAACUUUGCGUUGGAUCUCAAGGAAUUAAACCUUAGAACUGAAGUGUCAUUAGAUGUGUAAAAUCCUUGCAUUAAAUGUCGGUUUAGAUGAUCUACCUUUGAAACUCAAAAAUUUCACUUGGGCAUUUUCGAUUCACUAGCUAGUUACUCAAGGAAUAAAAUACCUCUGCUCUUCUUUGUGAUUGGAACACAAGAAGGGCUGUGGGUAGAGAACUAUAGAUCAACAACUAUGCGUUGGAUCUCAAGCUUUAAUAGUUGCUUGUUCUUGUCAGAAGUUCUGAACUUUAGAGCUGAAGUGCUCAUUGGAUUUUUAAAGUUCUUGUGUUUUAUCUCA